UGUGUGUGUGUGUGUGUGGGAGAGAGAGAGAGAGAGAGACAGAGCUUUCCCUUCAAAUCUUCGUUACAACCCUACGGAUUUCUCUGUGUUUGACAUCAUAUUCAAGCUCUUAUAACAUAUCCAAACUAAAAACAAAAUUAAAAGGUUUUUCAACAGAAACAAACGUGUGUAGUAAAAGUUGGCGCUUCCUUUUCCACCCUGUAGGUUCAGCUUGAGUCACGCUCUUUCACAAAGGAAAUAAAGCAGAACUUAAAAUCUUUUGAUUUGUUGGGAAAAAGAAGAUUCCCAAGAGAAAAGAAGGCCAUAACAUCACACAUUGCACAACCUCAUCAAUUAAAAAAAAAAAAGAGGUGAAAAGUAAGUACUAGGUUGUGGAAGAAAGAUGUGUUAGAUGCUCAGCUUAACAAACAGUUAUGGGGUUCAUCAAUCACUUGAAGUUCUAACAAAAAAUAGAUCAUAGGAUUAGUUUUUGUCUCCCUUUCUUUAAUGGCUCUGUAUUCUCACUUUCUGGUUCUUUAUCUGUUCUUUGUAUCUUCUGUUAUAUGCCAAGUUACAGAAUUUAUCAGUAUAGAUUGUGGAGGCAUAAGUAAUUACACUGAUCCAAGAACUGGACUGGCAUGGGUUUCAGACAACGGUACAAUCAUGAAGUAUGGAAAAUCAUCAGAAGCACAGGUUUCAAAUGGAAAUACACAGUAUCAAAGACGGCGAGACUUUCCUUUAGACAGCAACAAGUACUGUUACACUCUAGGUACCAAAGAGAGAAGGCGGUAUCUUGUCCGUGCCACUUUUCAAUACGGAAGUUCGGAAAAUGAAGAUGCCUACCCCAAAUUUGAUCUCUACUUGGACACAACUAAGUGGUCGACUAUGGUAGUAUUGGAUGCUUCAAGAGUGUAUGUUAAGGAAAUGAUUAUAAGGGCUCCUUCAAGUUCAAUUGAUGUGUGCAUAUGCUGUGCUACAACUGGUUCUCCCUUCAUAUCCACUCUGGAAUUGCGACCCUUCAACCUUUCAAUGUAUGCCACUGAUUUUGAGGAUAAUUUCUUCUUAGAGGUAGCAGCUAGAGUAAAUUUUGGUGCUUUAAGCAAGGAUGCCAUAAGGUACCCGGAUGAUCCGUAUGACAGAAUUUGGGGUUCAGAUCUCGAGAAAAGGCAAAACUACCUUGUAGGGGUGGCCCGUGGCACAGUUAAAAUCAAUACAUCGAAGUACGUAGACACUAGGACUAGAGAAUACCCUCCAGUUAAAGUAAUGCAAACAGCUGUUGUUGGCACUGAAGAGAUGCUAAGCUAUAGAUUGAAUCUUGAAGAUUUCCCUGCAAAUGCCCGAGCUUAUGCAUAUUUUGCCGAAAUUGAAGACUUGGGAGCCAAUGAGACUCGGAAAUUCAAAUUAAAGCAACCUUACUUAUCUGACUACAGCAAUGCAGUGGUAAAUAUAGCAGAAAAUGCCAAUGGAAGCUACACUCUUUAUGAACCCAGCUACAUGAAUGUGUCUCUGGAUUUUGUUCUUUCAUUCUCUUUUGUCAAGACCCAAGAUUCUACACUAGGACCACUCUUAAAUGCGAUUGAGAUUAGUAAAUACCUAAAGAUUGAACCAAAGACUGACAGCAAAGAUGUGACUGUUCUCAAUGCCCUUCGCUUUCUGUCUGCUGAAAGUGCUUGGGCAAAUGAACAAGGCGAUCCUUGUGUUCCUGCUCACUGGGAAUGGGUGAAUUGCUCCUCAACCUCACCACCAAGAAUCACAAAAAUUGCAUUGUCAGGAAAGAACCUGAAAGGAGAGAUUCCACCUGAGAUUAACAACAUGGAGCAAUUGACAGAGUUGUGGUUGGAUGGUAACUUCCUUACAGGGCCUAUCCCUGGCAUAAGCAAUCUCGUUAAUUUGAAAAUUGUGCAUCUGGAGAACAACAAACUGAAUGGUCCAUUGCCCAAGUACCUUGGCAGUUUGCCUAAAUUACAGGCACUGUACAUACAGAACAACUCCUUUAGUGGGGAAAUACCUUCAGAAUUUUUAACUGGAAAAGUUAUCUUUAAUUAUGAACAUAAUCCUGGGCUACACAAAGAGGCAAGAAAAAAGAUGCACUCGAAGUUGAUAGUUGGAUUUUCGAUUGGCAUACUUGCAGGUCUAUUAGUUGUUGUGAUAGGAAGUUUACUAUUCUUGCGUAAUCUUCAAAGAAAGACAUCUCAUAAAAAAAGUGAAGUCCAAGGUCUGUAUAUACACACACACACACACACCUCAGUUAUCUUCAUGUUGCAUAGAAAAUUUUUGUGCAUUUCUCAAGUAUUCUUGAGUCUGUCAGGUAAUUCUUUGCGUGCAAGUGCCAAGCCUUCGAAUGCGUAUUCUGUAGCACGGGGUUGGCAUAUAAUGGGUGAAGGAGUUUCAUACUAUAUUCCGCUCCCUGAGCUUGAAGAAGCUACCAAGAAUUUUUCCAAGAAAAUAGGCAGAGGAAGUUUUGGGACUGUCUACUAUGGGCAAAUGAAAGACGGAAAAGAAGUGGCAGUUAAGAUAAUGACUGACUCGUCCACUCAUCUGACGCAGCAGUUUGUGACUGAGGUUGCCCUCUUGUCAAGAAUUCAUCAUAGGAACUUGGUUCCUCUGCUUGGAUAUUGUGAAGAAGAACAUCAGCGUAUUCUGGUUUAUGAAUACAUGCACAAUGGAACUUUGCGUGAUCACAUUCAUGGUCCUGUCAACCAGAAGCACUUGGAUUGGCUAGCUCGUUUGCAGAUCGCAGAGGAUGCAGCAAAAGGACUUGAAUACUUGCACACCGGAUGCAACCCCGGUAUCAUACACCGAGAUGUUAAAACAAGCAACAUUCUCCUGGACAUCAAUAUGAGAGCAAAAGUGUCAGAUUUUGGGCUCUCAAGGCAAGCUGAAGAAGAUUUAACCCAUGUAUCAAGUGUGGCGCGAGGAACAAUCGGGUACCUGGAUCCGGAGUACUAUGCAAAUCAGCAAUUGACUGAAAAAAGUGAUGUCUACAGCUUUGGAGUAGUUCUCUUAGAAUUGGUAUCAGGAAAAAAACCUGUCUCAAUAGAAGAUUUUGGUUCUGAAUUGAACAUUGUUCAUUGGGCAAGGUCCUUGAUUCGUAAAGGAGAUGUGAUGAGCAUUGUAGAUCCUGUUCUAAUUGGAAAUGUCAAGAUUGAGUCCAUUUGGAGGAUUGCUGAAGUUGCAAUCCAAUGCGUAGAACAACGAGCAGUUUCUCGGCCAAGGAUGCAUGAAAUAAUUUUGGCUAUACAAGAAGCUAACAAGAUUGAAAAAGGAACUGAUGGCAGCCAAAAACUACAAUCUGCUAGUUCAAAGGCACAAUCUUCCCGGAAAACAUUACUCACAAGCUUUCUUGAGAUUGAGAGCCCUGACCAAUCUAAUGGUUGCCUUGUCCCAGCAGCCAGAUAGUUUUCUUUCCAUCAGCCUUCGCCUAUCUGUAACAUAUACUCUAUCUGUAACAUAUACUCUUACACCAUAUCCACUCUUCUUUUUUCAUAUUUUAAUCUGAAUUAAACUGAUACAAUAGAAUUUAAAAGUGAGAGGUUGUGAACUUUGACCAGAGAAAAAAGAAAAAGCAAUUGAGAGGUGCCUGCCCUACAAAAACACUAACUUUCCUAU